AUGUCAACGACGACGACGACGCCUGCUCCAAAGGUGCUGGACGUGAUCAAGCAGUUCAAGGAAGACAAGGACUCGGAGGCUCAUCGGGAUGAGGAGACCGUUCCGGGGAUCUUGCAUCCUGGUUCGACAGGGGUCAUCUAUUGCUCUGACCGAGCCAUGGCCAAUGGUUUUAGCUACGCAAACGCACACGAGUGGGCUAAUAUGGGACAGGGCGCCCCGGAAGUUGGACCUAUUCCUGGUGCUGCUGAACGCCCGACGCAUAUCGACUAUCCUCUCGACGCGCUGGAAUAUGCUCCCACGACCGGUGUAAAAGAGUUAAGGGUUAAAGUGGCGGAGAUGUACAACCACACCUAUCGUCAAGGCAAAGCAUCCCAAUAUACCUACGAAAAUGUGUGCAUCGUCCCCGGUGGACGUGCUGGCCUUUCUCGUGUUGCCGCGGUGAUCGGCGAUGUAUAUACCUCAUACCAAAUCCCAGAUUAUACGGCCUAUGACCAGGUUCUCUCGGCGUUCAGAAGGCUCGUUCCUGUCCCGACUGCAUUGGAGGCAGAGAACUUCUAUCAGCUGGAUAUCGAGCAGACAAAGAAAGAUAUCAGGGUCCAAGGACUCGCGGUCCUCAUCGCCUCGAACCCUAGAAAUCCCACCGGCCAAGUCAUCAGGGAUGACAAUCUCAAGAACCUUGUCGCUAUCAGCCGCGAAGGCGGCACGACUUUGAUUCUGGACGAGUUCUAUUCCUGGUACAUCUAUCCCGAGAGGGAAGAGGAUCUGGGCAAGUCUGUGUCCUCGGCCGCGUACAUCGAGGAUGUAAACCAGGACUCGGUCGUGAUCAUCGACGGUCUGACCAAGAACUGGCGGCUUCCUGGCUGGCGUGUGUGCUGGGUUGUGGGACCGAAGAACCUCGUCACUGCGUUGUCGCAGUCAGGCUCUUUCCUCGACGGAGGUGCUAGCCACCCGCUGCAGCUCGCUGCUCUCCCCCUGUUGGACCCAGACCAUAUCCAGAGCGAGAAGAUCGCGCUACAGAAGCAUUUCAAGGCAAAGAGGGACCACGUACUUGCGCGGCUGCAUGAUUUGGGCAUGGACGUCAAAGUACCGCCUGUCAGCACGUUUUAUAUCUGGCUCAACUUGGAGCAUCUGCCAUCGCCUUUGAACAACGGUUUGACAUUCUUCGAGGAACUCCUGAAGGAGAAGACGAUCGUCAUCCCUGGGAUCUUCUUCGAUAUCAACCCGUCGCACAGGAGGAACUUGUUCAGUUCGCCGUGUCACCACUUUGUUCGUCUGUCGUUCGGGCCGCCAAUGGAGGAUUUGGAUAAGGGUCUCGACGCGAUUGGCCGUGUCCUGCGCAAGGCGAAGAAGGAAGGCAUGCGCACGUUCGGACAUAGCUACAAGAAGAGCGAGAGUGACAUCGCAGGGCUGUCCGACCACGUUUGA